UAGAGCAGGGACAUCACAGGCUGCACUUGCAGCGGCGCGUCGCCGGAGACGGAGCGCUUCCACUCUCUGUGGCCAUUAAAAUCAUUUGUUGCUGUCGAGGCUCCGCUGUCCAACAGUCCGAAGGUUGCGUUUUAAACCCAGCGCGCACUGAAGGAUAUCCACAGACUACGAGCAUUACAGAUGGACUGGCUCACACCUGAGAUGUGAAGUGUGUUAUGUGAGCCAAGGUGUUUUCCCACCUCGCUGGUGGUGGGGAGAGAUGUUGCACUCCGUUGCCAUGACAGCAGAAGUUCUCUUUGUUCUGGGGUUCCUGAUGUGUGGUGUCCAGUGUAAUCCUAUAGCGGCGAGCCGAGAACGUCUGGAAAAAGUGUUGACCCAAGCAAGGGAGGACAAACAUCAGGACAAGCAGGCCCCAGAGGAGCCGCUAGGAUACGACGCCCAGCAACAGAUAAAUGCUUUGGGCCCCAACAGGACUUCCCUCAGGACGAACCCCAGCUCCCAGUCACGAGGAUCUAAGGGAGGGAAGCCCCUAGAGCUGUGGACAGAGCAGGACAGCUUGAACCAAAUAGACGAGGGCCCCACAAGCGACGUCACCCUCUCUUUGGACGCCAUCGACGAGUACGCCUACCCAGACUACCGGGGGAAAGGCUGCAUGGAUGAAAGUGGCUUCGUGUUUGCCAUUGGUGAGCAAUUCACCCCGGGCCCUUCAACGUGCCCUUGCCUCUGCACGGACGAGGGCCCUAUGUGCACCAAGCCAGAAUGUCCCAAGGUUCACCCUCGCUGCAUUAAAGUGGACACUAGCCAAUGCUGCCCGCUGUGCAAGGAGAAAAAGAACUACUGCGAGUUCCGGGGCAAGAUCUACGCCUCGCUAGAGGAAUUUAAGGUGUCUCCAUGUGAGAAGUGCCGAUGUGAGCCAAGCGGGGAGGUGCUCUGCUCGGUGGCAGCCUGCCCGCAGACGGAGUGUGUGGACCCGGAGUACGAGCCGGAUCAGUGCUGUCCCAUCUGCAAGACUGGUCCAAAUUGUUACGCAGACACUUCUGUGAUACCGGCUGGGCGAGAGGUGAAGAUUGAUGAGUGUACAAUCUGCUACUGCACAUACGAGGAGGGCACAUGGCAGAUUGAGCGUCAGGCCACCUGCAGUAAGAACGAAUGCCAGCGGAGUUAAAGACUGGCACAGUCAGAGGGUACUUUGGCACGCAACACCAGCGCCAAUCCGCAUGUAAACUCUCGGCCUUCACCCACUCUACCGGGCAUCAGGGUCGGACUGCAGCCCUCGAGCAUUUCAGCAUUUAUAGUCACUCCUGUAUUACUGAAAAAAAAUAAAAAUGCUUUUAUGAAAGUUUAUAAUCCACACACAGAAUAUCUAUUUAUCUAUGUAUUAAAUUAUUUAUGAAUAUAUUCAAAUAAAAGAGACAUUAAUGCUGAACUAGUGAACAAAUAUUUUUUAUAGCCUCUGUAUUUUAUUAAGCAAUGUAUUGGACCAGAGGUCAUUAAAACAGAAUGUAUAGAACACACACAGCUGUCUUUGGAGGAAAAACCUCACUUUCUCGACAUGUGGGGACAAAUCCUGACACCCGUCCCUCUACCACCAAAGUGCAGACUAGACUGUGAGAUCCAUUUCAGAAUAAUGGGUAAAGAUUUGCUGUGUAUAGAACGAUGAAGUGGACACUCAACAACAAAAACAACAGAGUAAAAAACAACGGAACUCAAUAGGACUUGGACUGUUUCCUGAUUUCUUUUAUCUCUUU